UUCUUCGAGCCUCUUGUGUAUGAAGUUUAGCACAAUGUUUUACUCUGUGUUUGACCUGAAUGGCAUGCUGGAGAAAACAAUGAAAGGAGCGGACAAAGCGAUUGUGGCAAAGUCCUUUGGAAAAUGGAAAAGCAGCUCUCUAAGGUCCAGAACCAUGGAGAAGCCGGAUGAGCCAUCCGAGAAGAGUAAGGAGGAGAGCCUUUCCAACUGCACCUGUGAAGCCCCCCAGCACGCCAAAAAACCACUUGAUAAUGAAUUACACGAUCGCCUCCUGAGAGAUAAAAAGUGUGAAAGCAUCGACCAGAGUGGACAGUGUGGAUCUGGCAUCUUAUCCUUCAAAGCGCUUGGAAAACAGUCAAAGAUGGAUUCUGAUAGUGAGGAGCAAACUCUGAAAACGUGUAGCACAGGGUUGACUGGCUGCAUUACUGAGACAAACAGCCCAUAUGGGUCCAUGGCGAGGAAGAGAAGUGCUCAGGAAGGGGUGCAGGGCGCCCCCGUCAACAAGAGAAAGUCCCUGCUGAUGAAGCCCCGCCACUACAGCCCCAGCGAGGCAUGUGAAGAGGAGAGCGAGGACCUGGCACCGCCACAGGACAAAGAAGAGCUGAGGAACAUUGACACUCCAGCAGAUGGGAACCUAAUUGCAAUCAAUGGGAUGGUCAACAGAAAUGGUUUCCAUGAGGCAGCAGCAGCAGCGAAGUCCAGUGAUCCGCUGGGCUGGUCAGAAGUUACGUCUGAAAGCUCUGCACAGUGUGAGCCGGACACAGCUGAACCUGCGAUGGAUGAAGAUGAGGAGGAGCUCCUUAAUAACGAAGAAGAAGACCAAAGGCAAGACAGGAGGAGCGAUAGAUCAUCUCCACAGAGUCCAGUAGGAGACAUGAGGGAAGCUGAAUGGGAGCCUUUGUCUCUGUCUGCUAAGGUGAAUGGCUCAGGCUGCAGUCCCUCAAGAGCCUCCGAAGACCUUUCAGGCAGGAACGGCCAUUUUAAAGAAGAGCCUCAUUUAAAUCCAGGGGGGCUGAUGGGUAGAGCGAGCAUUUUUCAGGCCGAGGCUUUAAGAUACAGGCCGCCCCCUGCGGAGGAGGACAGCGAAGGGGAGACAGAGGUAGAGAGGCCACCUCGACUGGACAACUGGGUGCUGGGCCUCCAUGAGCGAGGCCUUGAAAUGGGCAGAGGGAGGGUGAACUUCAGUCUGUUGGAGCAGGCCAUAGCUUUGCAGACUGAGCAGAGACAGGUUUUACAUCAUGCCUACAGGGAAAUGGAUCGGUUCCUCAUGGAGCAGAUGACCAAUGAGAGGAGGCACCACAGGAUGAUGGACAUGGAGAGCAGACUCAACUACCAUGGAGGAAAAGAUUCUCCACGGACAGAUAAAAAGGACAUUAAGUGUCCAACUCCUGGCUGCGAUGGCACCGGUCAUGUGACUGGCCUUUACCCACAUCACAGGAGUUUGUCUGGGUGUCCUCAUAAAGUCCGAGUUCCGCCUGAAAUCCUGGCCAUGCAUGAGAACGUCCUCAAGUGCCCCACACCCGGGUGCACAGGAAGAGGCCAUGUCAACAGCAACCGUAGCACCCACCGGAGUCUCUCAGGCUGCCCCAUCGCUGCUGCAGUGAAAGUUUCCAAACCUCAGGAUGACAGCCUGAAAUGCAGACAAACACCUGACCGCUCACCGAGAGCCAUCGGCCUGAUUAAAAAGUUUGAGAUGAACCAUUUGAACUACAGGCUCUCUCAUCCAGUAGCAGCCUUGCAAACUAGCCUCACAAAGGACAUGGACAAGUACAGCAGAAUCCGCUUUGAUUACGCCAGCUUUGAUGCACAGGUCUUCGGCAAACAGCCUCUGAUGGGGACCAGCCAGGACCAGGAAAUGUCACACUUCCCUGAUUCACCUCAGCAGUAUCCUGGCUUCCUCGGGGCUCCAGGUGGCCGCCUGACCACCUCUGGUCAGCACAGCCCGCCGAGUCAAUUCAAAAAAGAAGAGAGUCUCCAAGCCGAAGCAGCGACUGCUGCCAUCCUUAACCUCUCCACUCGCUACAGGAAGGACAUGGAGGCUGUCGCUGGCCGGCCCUUGGCAACCUCCACAAAGGACAUGUUAAUAGAAGUGGAUGAAAACGGCACCUUGGACUUGAGCAUGAAGAAAUGUAAGGAAAACAUGACAGCCCAGGUGAAAGCACCCUCGGACGAACUGCUGUGUCCUCCUGAGUCCACUGUGGCCAAAGGCGGGAGCAUGCUCAUUAGCCCCGCCUUCUACCAGCCACUGUGCGAGAGAGACAGCUGGGAGAGCGCCAUCCCUGUCAACUUCAGCAAAGUGCACAUUUUACAGGAGAAUGAGGAGGAUUAUGACCAAGUUUCCUUGGAAGACCAGCACUAUCAAGGCGACGGCGGCAUGAUGAGCCCCAAAACGAAGCUGCUAUUACGGGAUUCAAAGAAAGAGCUUCUGAGCUGUCCGACCCCAGGCUGUGACGGCAGCGGUCAUGUGACGGGGAAUUAUGCAUCACAUCGGAGUGUGUCUGGAUGUCCCUUGGCUGACAAAACACUCAAAUCACUGAUGGCAGCCAACUCUCAGGAACUUAAGUGCCCAACACCUGGUUGUGAUGGAUCUGGACAUGUGACUGGCAACUAUGCUUCACACAGAAGCUUGUCAGGGUGUCCACGUGCCAGAAAGGGAGGUUUGAAGCUCGCACCAAACAAGGAUGACAAAGAUGAGCCAGAGCUUAAGUGUCCAGUGAUUGGAUGUGACGGACAGGGCCAUAUAUCGGGAAAAUACACAUCCCACCGCAGUGCAGGCAGUUGUCCACUUGCUGCCAAAAGACAGAAGGAGUCGUCCAUCAACGGGCUGCCCUUUGCCUGGAAGGCCAAUAAACAGGAACUGCCCCAUUGUCCCUUGCCUGGCUGCAAUGGCCUUGGACAUGCCAAUAAUGUGUUUGCCACUCACAGAAGCCUGUCAGGUUGCCCACUGAACGCACAGAACAUCAAGAAAAAACAUUUGGAAGAAGAAAUGAUGACUAUCAAACUGAAAGCCAGCAGUGGUGUUGAAAACAAAGAAGACAUUCAACAUUUGGACCAUGAAAUAAAAGAACUGAAUGAUUCCAACAUGAAGAUAGAGGCAGACAUGAUGCAACUCCAAACCCAGCAGAUCUCGUCUAUGGAAUGUAACCUGAAGACAAUUGAGGAGGAGAACAAGAUGAUCGAACAGCACAAUGACAGCCUUCUGAAGGAGCUCGCUCGCCUUAGCCAAGCUCUCAUUAACAGUCUAACAGACAUUCAGCUGCCUCAAAUGGGACCCAUCAGUGAGCAUAAUUUUGAAGCCUAUGUGAACACAUUAACUGAUAUGUACAACAACUCGGAGCAUGAAUACUCCCCAGAGUGCAAGGCCCUCUUGGAUAAUAUCAAACAGGCUAUUAAGGGCAUCCAUGUUUAAGCUGUAGAGCUACCAAGAGGUUUCUUUGACUUGGAAUAAUGGCACUAGAUAGCUCUAUUUUACAGACGAAUGCUGGCUUGGCUGCAUGUAUAAGACAAGGCUUUUGGAAAUGUUUUCACUGUUUCCUGGUGAAUGAUACACUGCACUGAGAAAAUGACCAGCUGGAUUUGUAACGCUUUUACUGUUUCUGCAUUCACUUGAUAUGUUUAUCCCGGUGAGAUUUUUACCCCCUAUGGCACUUAAUUAUUUUGUAUGGUUUGCUUGAUUUUAAUCCGUACGUGUUCAUGUCAUUCUUAUAUUUAUCACUAUUUAUUAUUAUUAUUAUUAUUAUUAUUAUUAUUGUA